GAGCUGCGUACUAGAGUGCGCGAAGUGUAGCCAUACAAACAUGGACGUCUGUGGAAGGGCAAGUCUCGUGAUUUUGUGAAAUUUUAGUGACUUUACGCUUGACCAGGGCUCCGUGGGUGUGACCAGGAUCAAGAUUAAGGUAUUGGUGUUUGUUUGGUGUAGCCAGCAAGGUGUUGGAGUGUGUGUAAGAGGUGUUAUAGCGAGGAGAUGAGCGAGGCCGGGGCAGGCGCGGGGGCCGGGGGGGAGCGCGGCGCGAGUCCGGGGCUGGGCGGGUGCGGGGCUGCGGGUCCGCCAGCUGCUGACUCGCCUGCCGCCACCACGGCUGACGCUGCCUCGCCACUCUGCUCAUCGCCACCGUCCCCAACCCCAGAACCCGACGACCCAUCGCCGACCCCCACGCGCGCCUCAGUCGCGCGACACGUGCCCACGCGCCCGGACCACCUCGCCCCCGCGCACCACCCGCCGCUCUCCCUCGCCACUCACCACCACAGCCCCGACCCUGACGAUCCUGACGACGAUCCUGACCUGCAGCCAAGAAUCUUACACACCCAAACGGUUGCCCUCCACCAUCCGGAGGACGACAGUGAACUGUCCCCCUCGGCUCACGUCAACUAUAAGGACGAGCCUCUCAGUGUUAGUGUUGUGCACGAGGACUCACAGUUGGACUCGCAUGACUCGGGACUACUGAGUCCCAGUGAACUUUCUCCUCGCGAAGGUCAGGUUAGUGUACCAAGUAUGAUUGACGCGUCGGACUUCAGAUCACUCCAGCCGGAGCCUAUAUACCAGAACCUGUCGUCGAUGAACGGCCGCAUGUCGCCGCCAGGGUUCUCGCCUUCGUCAGCGAGCAGUUAUGCAACGCUGACGCCCUUGCAGCCGCUGCCACCCAUCAGCACAGUGUCAGACAAGUUCGCCUACGGCCACACGGGUAAUGUGUCAGGCAGCUUCACGGUGAUGCAAAACAAUAGCCUGGGGAACAUGCUCUCCAUGGGCUCGCCUUACCAGUAUGACAAACUCUCCAUGUCGCCGCCACACUACACAUCAAACAACGGCCUGGGCCUUAACCUGGGACAUCAACACUCGCCUCUCUCACCACACUCUUACCAGAAUGGCUUGGCGUCCCCACAGAAGUCGCUCAGUCCCAACGGUUAUGAUUCGCCCUAUACUCGGCAGGACAUGAGCCGCACCACCCUGGCGGCACCACAGUCACCAACACUGUCACCUCCAGUAUCUCUUCACUCGCCACCACAAGCAUUUUCGAACUUCAGCGCGGCGCCCACGCCCACAUUAACCACCACGUCCCUCAAUAUGAACGGGCUGACGGGUGGCAGCGGGCUGGGUUCGUUGUCACCUCAGGCAGUGUCUCCACACAGUCCCAACUAUAGCCCUCACCAUCACCUGCAAGUGCCGCCGUCACCGCCACCCAUCAAGCAGGAACCCAUCUUGCACGGUGCAAGUCUAGGCUGUCAGCUAGCUAAUAUGGCGCCGAACAUGCCCACCACCAUCUCUCAGAGCCCCCCACAUGCCCACAUGGCCGUGACUAUGGCACAACAAGCUAUGGUACCGUCUGCCCCUAUGUCAGUCGCGACAGCUUCUGUAGGAGGAUCUCAAUUGCCCAUGAAGACGACACAGAUGGCCACCACCAGCGCGGGAAACGUGGGCGCGGGAGCGGGUGAGGUUGAAGAAAUCAACACUAAAGAACUGGCGCAGCGCAUUUCGGCCGAGCUCAAGAGGUACUCCAUUCCUCAAGCCAUCUUCGCCCAGCGUGUCCUCUGUCGCUCUCAAGGCACACUGUCAGACCUGCUCAGGAACCCUAAGCCCUGGUCCAAGCUCAAGUCUGGCCGCGAGACCUUCCGGCGCAUGUGGAAGUGGCUGCAGGAACCAGAGUUCCAGCGGAUGUCAGCCCUCAGAUUAGCAGGCCGUGGCGGCAAGGCAGCGGUGAGCCGGGGGCGAGGGGGACGGCCGCGCUGCCCUGCAGACUGCUGCCUCCCACCACACCUCGACCUGCUACAGCCACACCCUCGAGUCUGUACAGCCACACCCUCGACCUGCUACAGCCACCCUCGAUCUUCUACAGCCACACCCUCGAUCUUUACAGCCACCCUCGAUCUCCUCUGUAGCCACACCCUCGAUCUUCUACAGCCACACCCUCGACCUGCUACCAGCCACACCCUCCCGAUCUCCUACAGCCACCUCGAUCUCCUACAGCCCCCCUCGAUCUUCUACAGCCACACCCUCGAUCUCCAUACCAGCCACACCCUCGAUCUCAUACAGCCACAUCCUCGAUCUCCUUACAGCCACACCCUCGAUCUCAUACAGCCACACCCUCGAUCUCCUACAGCCACACCUCGAUCUUCUACAGCCACACCCUCGACCUGCUACAGCCACACCCUCGAUCUCCUACAGCCACCCUCGAUCUCCUACAGCCACACCCUCGAUCUUCUACAGCCACACCCUCGAUCUCAUACAGCCACACCUCGAUCUCAUACAGCCACAUCCCUCGAUCUCAUACAGCCACACCCUCGAUCUCAUACAGCCACACCCUCGAUCUCCUACAGCCACACCCUCGAUCUCCCACAGCCACACCCUCGAUCUCCUGCAGCCACACCCUCGAUCUCAUACAGCCACACCCUCGAUCUCCUGCAGCCACCCUCCAUCUUCUACAGCCACACCUCAGCCGCUACAGCCACACCCUCGAUCUCCUACAGCAUAGGGUGGAGUAGGAG